AACUCGGCGAGCACAUGCCGUUGCUUCACAAGCAACAAUUUGAACCACAAUCAGUGCCAGAUGGAGUCACUCGGGAUACGCCAGUAUUCUAUUGCAAGGCUACAAAAGAAGUCUUUUUGACACAUGAAGAAUAUUUCAAUCGAAUGAUUCUACUCAACUCAACAGCCUGGUCAUGUUCUCUUACUCGAAAAUCAAAUCUAACAUAUUUCGAAGCAAUUGCCAGUGAACGAGAAGCCGAGCAAGAGCUCUGUAACUUCCCAACAGCUCUCGAAAUUCCAAUUACUUUAAUUGUUCAUAAAUAUACGAAUCGUGGCCGUUUCGAAGAUCUCGUAAAUGAUAUUUAUCACAUUUUAAAAGAUCGAUUUUUCAAUAACGAAGAAGUCGCCUACGCCGAGAAAAGCCGCAAAUUUCUGGCGAAAAUCGUCGAAUCCAACCAAAUCGAAGAGCAAAAUCCAUCUUUUGAGGGUGGAAGUGAGCUCAAAGAGCCCAUUUUACCGCCGCCUGACACUUUUCGAUACACACUACAGAUUCUUGAUCCAGCGGUGUCGGAAGAAGAAAUGUAUAGAGAAGGAAUUGCUUUUGAUCGACUUUUCCGCUCAAAAAACAUUGGAUCCCGUCAAAAAAUCCGUUUAUUCCUUAAAAACUGCUGUCAAAUGUCGCCGGACAGUGAACGCUACACACUAAAAUUCCAGUUUUUGGAAAAAAUCGAUAAUCUCUACUGGACCGAUGUAAUGUCUGGCGCUGAGCCAAUUUGUCCUCAAACUCCUGCUCUGCAACGUGGACGUGCUCCGAAUACUCUCAAGGCUGGGGAUCAUGAACGAAAAGAGAAGAAGCCGAAAAAAGAGGAACGGGAUCCCGCGGCUCCUCCACGACCACGCGGAAGACCACCAAAAACUCCGGAACAAAAAGCAUUGGACAAAAAGGAGAAACAAAUGCGAAAACGAGCAGAAGCUGGACGAGAAGCUCCAAAACCUGAUGAUUUCGACUUGACAAGCAGUGGAGCAAUGACUUUAUCGAUUCCAGUAAGCCCAGCGAAAAAGAAAAUCCGCCGAGAAAGUGGCUCUUCGAUGAGUGGAAAAAAGAAAACAAAGAUUCUGGAGCAACAAGGCGAGCUCUGCUUCUUUUUCAGUGAAGCUCGACGUCUCGGGAUUGAUGUCGGCGGUUUGGAGCAAGAGGAGAAGCUGCUCAGUGGGAAGGCUGUCGCGGAUUUCAAGCAACGGGUUAAAGAGGAAAAGGAUGCUGAAAAGGAGAGAGCCAAGGAGGAGAAGAAGCGAAAAAUGCGGGAGAAAACGGCUUAUAAUAAGAAGCGAGAGGAUUUAAUCUGUAAUGAUUUGAAGCCAUUGCCAAGAUUUCCGAAGUUGGAGAUUCCGGAAUGGAUAUCUAAUGCUGAAUUUGAAGAUUAUCUAUUCAUCUUCCAAUUUUUCAAUUCCUUCAAACAACUGCUCCCGCUCAAAGAGAUCAGAGGAUCCGACGAGGUUCAAUUCUCGGAUAUCAUUAUCGCUAUCAAAUGCAAUGAUCCUCAGAACUCUUCGUUCGCAGAUCUUCUCCGAGUCCUUCUCUCAAUCAGAACUGAUAUAGCUGAUGAGGAGGAUGGAGAUGAAGCAGACAUUAAUAACCGUGAAGAAGUCUAUCUGAUAAAUGCUCAAAAUUGUGAUCCGGCUCACGUGACACAUGGAGAUUCGAUACGAGAUCUUUCGGAUUUACACUUUAAAAUUCGAAAAAUACAUGGAAAAUCUGUGAGGCAUCUACCGGUGGAUUGGAUGACAUUGACUGAGGUUCUUCGGUUGAUAUUUGAGACAUCUGGAUAUUAUACUGGAAUGGCUACACAUCGGCAUCGGCUCUAUGCUCGGGGUAAUUUCCGAGGCUAUGAAGAUCCGGCCUACGAAUUCCGCACCCGACAUCCUGGAAUUAUGGAGAAGCUUCGAACUCUGACUGUCUUCGAUUUGGAAGCUCCCGAGCGGCUGGAAAUUGUGAAGACACUGAUCUACCAGUUGCUCACGUACUCCAAGUUUCGAGGUCACUUGGAGCAGCGUCAGAAUGAGCUCGUGGAGCUGAAACGGGAGCAGAAGAAGCUGAAAGCGUGGGAUGUUGGACAGGAAGGAGAAGCUAAUGCGGCGAGGUUGCUGCUGGAGUUGGCUCCGGCUGGAGCAUCUGGAGCACCGGACGUUAAGGAGCAGAAAGAGCCACCCGUUGUGCGGCGGUUGAAGGCGCAUAUUAAGGCGAUUAAUGAGGGAAGGAGAUAUGAUAAGGAGGAUUUGGAUGCGAUUGUGCUGGAAUCGGUUCCCUACGCUUCGCUGUCUCUCGAUGAAAUAGUAACUGCCCGCGAACUUCAAAAAUCCGAAUUCAAAAUUUUAAUGGAUUCUCUGAUAUCGAAAAUGUUCCAAAUCUACAGUAAAAUCAGUGAUAUACGAUUGGGAAGUGAUCGAGCAUAUCGAAGAUAUAUUGUUAUGGAAAAUCUAUCAGCAAUUCUUGUUGAAACGGCAACUUUUCAAGAAUUGGGAAUAUAUUGUGAUGAACCAUCGAUUAUUGAUGAUCCAUUGAAUCUUUUGGAGAAUGAGCAUCAAGAAGUAUUUAUUUGUACAGGAAAUAUGGAUACAUGUAGAGUUCAUGGAGAUGAAAGUAAUAAUUGGACUCGUUGGAGUUAUAUUCGGGAUCGGGAGCAAUUUGAGCAACUGCUCAAGUCCCUAAAUCCCCGUGGAAAUCGAGAAGUGGAGCUGCUCGAAGAGCUCAAUGAAUAUCGACCGAGCCUUUUGGAAAUACUUGAAGAAACUGAACGUCUACAUGAAGAAGAAGAAGAUGAAGAUGAAUGGAAAUCUCAAUUCAUGACAAAUGAUCCGAAUCCUGGGGAUACUUAUAAUAUUGAUUGGGAUGCUGAAAUGCGAGAUCUACUACUGGAUUUUGAGGAAAAAAUCGAUCAGGGACAAAUGGGAUCAAUAGAAAAAAUAUUUGAAUGUAAUCGAAUUGAAUGGAGAGAUAAUCUUAAAGAAUCGGGAAAUGUUUGUAUGCUUUUGAACGAAGAUAUUUCUAUUUUUGGAGAGAUUUCUGUGAAUUUGGAGGAAUCUGAGCAUUUUUCGGAUUCUAUGAAACUCGCCAUCGCAUUUUAUAUGAUUAUCAAGAGUAUUCAUUUGAAAUUCAUCAAGGCUCCGUAUAUUAGUCCGAAUAAGGAUGAACACGGAAACUUGAAGCCCUCCGAACUAUUCAUACGUUGGCAAAGAGCACUUCUCGAAUGUGAAUCCCAUUCAGCUCUUUCUCUAUUCAUCUCAACAUUCGAAGGAUCUAUCAAAUGGGAUAAAUCUCGUCUCCAAGGAAAAUGUCGUUCAUGCCGACGAAAAGCCGCUGCUCAUGAUCUUGUAUUGUGCUCUGAAUGUGAUAAUUGUUAUCAUUUGAAAUGUGCAAAGCUGGAUGUUAACUCAGAUGCUCCAGCUGAUUGGAUGUGCACCAGUUGUAGAGCUCAACAGAGAAAAGUUGAGAAUGAAGCAAAACGAAUGGCUCGGGAUGAUGAUCAAUUGGCUGAAUCUUCAUCACAAGAAGAUGUUGCAAUUGGAAAUAUAUCGAUUAGCGAUAAUUUCUCUGAAAUUGCUCCAAAAACUGCUGAGCCAGCUGAGAGCUGUAGCACCCCGACAACUUCUAAAGAGCCGCCAACUAUUCGAACUGCAAGUGGUCGGGCUGUAAAACGAGUUCAUUAUUCUGAUAUUCAUGAAGGAUUAAGCUUGAAAAAUCGGAAAUCCAAUGGAUCCAUGCCAGUCACACCUUCGGAGAGACCUGUUAGAAAUGUUUCUGUUAGAAUAUUUGACGUUGAAAACGAGAAUGUUUUAACUGAUGAAGAUGAUUCUGACGGUGAAAAUACGCGAAAGCGAAAGACACCAACAUCCAAGAAAUCAGUCACAUCAACACCGACUACAAAUGAUAUUUCCCGUGUCAUAAUACCAAAUAUUAAAGAGAAAAUGACAUUAAUUGAGACAUUAUUGAAAGAAGCAAUGCGUCAAGAAUGUUCAUGGCCAUUCCUUCAACCAGUUGAUUCGAAAGAAGUUCCAGAUUACUAUGACGUCAUCAAACGGCCUAUGAAUUUGAGAACUAUGAUGAAUAAGAUUAAGCAGAGGAUUUAUAAUAAACCUAUUGAGGUUCGCAACGACUUCCAACUAAUCCUAUCAAAUUGCGAGACGUACAAUGAGCCGGAAAAUGAAAUCUACAAGCUUUCUCGAGAACUUCACGAUUUUAUGGCGGAUCGUCUCGAUGAGAUCAUCGAUCAAUAAACAUAUUCAUUUCAUUUUUCUGUUACUUUUUUUUCUUGAAUUUCUACUUUUACCCCCCUCACCUAUCAAUUUUCAUACUUAAAAAAAAUUCAAAAUAUCCAUAUCGUAAAUCCACACAGACUACACAAAAUCGUAUCUCAAUUGUUUUUUUUCGCUCUUUUUCUCUAGCUCUCUCUCCUUUACUAUUUCCUAGAAAUGUACUCAUUUUCUGUUAAUUUUUUUUUACAAUUUUUUCGUUCACAUUUUCUUUCUCUGUCGGUCUUAACUCAACCGCUCCCCCGUUACAAAAAUCUCAGUCAAAAAAAAUUAAUUUUGACACGUCAUAUUUGUUGUUCUUGAGGUCCCCCUGUGACUUUUCAAAACGUUAUUUUAAUUGUGCUAUUUUGUGUCAACUACUGAUGAAAGUCAUUGAAAAUGAACUCGUAAAUUUGAAA